AUGUCAAAAAAACGUCUUGAAAAUAUUGCAGAUAUUUAUUCAAAUAUAAUAAUAUUAAUAAAGCAUUUAACAACUUAUAAUCUUUAUGAUUUACAAUUAAUAGAAAGUAACUUAGACAAUUUUCAUUAUAAAUGGACAUAUCUUAAAACAGAAGUUUUACGAUAUGAGAAUAUUUUUCAUCAAAAUAUUAUUAAUAAUUUACCAUCAAGACAAGCUUGUAAAGAAAUGAUUGUAUUUAUUGAUACAAUUAAACGUUUAUUGAAUGAUGAUCAUGGAACACGUUUCAGACAAAACUAA